AUGAGACAAGCCAACGGUCACGACGCUAUGGAGAAAUUGCUCCGAGAAAGCAAAAAUUUGGUGCUUUCAGUACAAAAAGAUUUAGGAGAGGCAGAGACAAUUCUUCUCUCUGGACAACUUUCAAAAGAAUACAAUUCCGAUGAUCAAAUACAUUUGAGCAAUACACGAACGUAUAAGAGACGAAUGUCUGGUGGAAAGAAGUUGACGAAUGAGGAAACUCUGGAGGAGGGAUUUUCAGCUGCAACAUCACCAUCAGAAAAUUCUCCCUUCAUAAAACUCAAAGAAUCACUCAAGAAUAAUAUCAAAAUACUCAAAAAUUAUGAACAGACUCUCCGAGAUUAUUACAUAAAUUUACCAAGAGGAAAAUCAAAAGACAAGUGGCAGAUGAAUGUUUCGUCACUGAGUCAAGAGUUACACUCUAUUAACAUCUCCAUGAAUAAUUUGGAAAAGAGACAAAAUAAUUUAGAAAACAAAAACAAAUUGUUGGAUUUAGGAGACGAAGGUUAUUCGAGACGAUCCUCCUCACCAAACGAGGAACAAGUUUUUGAAGAGGCAAUGGCAGAAUAUGGAAUGCAAAACAGAUCUCUAGACAACUCUAAUCGAUUAAUUGAACAAAUGAAGAGUGUUGGAAUCGAUGUGGCAUCCAUGCUUGUGGAGCAAAGACAAACAAUGAAAAUGGUUCACGAAAAAGUUUUGGGAAUGGCAUCCACCUUGGGAAUUUCCCAAUCUACAAUCAGGACGAUAGAAAGAAGAUAUUUGAGAGACAAGUAUUUGAUUUAUAUAGGAAUGUUUCUGAUCACAUUCCUGUUAAUAUUUGUAUAUUAUUACAUUUUGUAA